GUCAUCGUCAGUUUGGAAGCAUUCAAAAAGAGGGUGCUUUUAUCUCUGGACGCGCGUUGUCAAUCGCAAUCUAAUCGUCGCUCUUUCCUUCAUUUUGCUGCGAAAAGGUUUAUCGCUGGUCGACAUUUUUCCACCGAGCUCGGAAAGUGAAGCAGUUGUUUACUUCGCAAGUGCACUAUUGCAUCCAAGUUAGGAGCAAAGCGGAAAGUUUAGACCGGAUUUUCGGGAAAAAAUGUCUUCGUCGUUCGGACACAUGAAUCACAGCAGCGGAGGCCACGGCACUGCUGCUGGAGCCAUGGUUCAUCAAAACAAUCAGCAUGAGUUCGACGAAACCGACGGCGACGGUGACCAGCUGGAGCAGGAUCUGUUUGACGAGGUUCCCCUGCUGGAGGAGGACAACAUUGACGACAGUGAAGAAGACACGGAGGAAGCUAGUGAAACCGAGAUGGGAUCCAGCAACCAUCGGAACAUGGACGAACCCAUUGAGAUUAAAGAACAGAUGUACCAAGACAAGCUAGCUUCGCUAAAGAAACAGCUGGAAGAGCUGCGUUCCGGAACGCACCCGGAGUACCUAAGACGGGUGAAGAAACUGGAGCACCAGUUUAACGAGCGCAUUCGGCUGAACGAAAUCUACCGCGAGUACCUAAUUAGUUGCGUUGAGCGCGACUACAUUUUGGAGAAGAAUGCAGCCGUAAAAGAGUACGAAGAGAAGAAAAUCGACCUGCGGGAGAAUCUUAUGACGGACUUCGAAGAUCGAAGGAAGAUGAUUGAAAACGAGCGGGCUACAAUGGAGCUGACCGGCGAUUCGAUCGACUUGAAACCGACGGUGACACGCAAGCUUCGACGACGUCCGAACGAACCUCUCCCGGUUCCGGAAAAGAGACGCAAACCAACCAGCGGUCAGCUGGUACUUCUGCUGGAUGAGAAAGAAGUGGAAAACGAUUUGAAACUGAUCAGUCGUGGAAAAGCGGUCCAAUCAAUACGCCCUCACACGAACAGUCUUUCCCUGGCUGGGAACGGCAGUCAGAUGGGAGCCGGCGCCACGCUGGCCGGCAUGUCUAACCAUCCAGCAGCUAAUAACUUUCAAAUGAACAAUUCCUCGGCAGUCAGCGUUCAUUCAAAUGAUGUCAGUAUUUCAAUGUUUUCUUCAGCAUCCCUGCCUCCUUCGCAGCCGGUCACCCAGAACCAACCGAUUGCAUCCUUGACUAACAGUUCAGUUUCAAGUCAAGUUCAAAACCAAAAUCAUCAACCGCUUCCCCCACCAUCACAGCAGCAGCAGCAGCAGCAACCAAUGGUCCAUCCGCCAACUUCGAACAACAAUCAAUCAACCCCAAAUAGUAGCCUCAAUCAGCCGCAGCAACAACAACAACAGCAGCAGCAACCGAUGGGUCAACAACCUCUGGUCGAAACGAGAAUCGAAGAUGGGAAGUUGCUGUACGAGCGGCGCUGGUUUCACCGUGGCCAAGCGGUCUACGUCGAGGGAAAGGACAUUCCACGCUUCUCGGCUAGCAUCAGUGCCAUCGGCAGUGAAGCCAUCUGGGUCAAGAAGACGGCCGACGGUCAGAAAGUGCGCUUCUUCACCAGCCAGUUGAGCCGUGGCAAGGUCUCAAUCAAAAGGCGUGCCAAUUAGGAACACGCCCCCCUGUCCCCAUCCUGUUUCCGCCGCAUCAUCUAGCAGCUAUACACUGGAUCUCAGCUUCCUGUUCUGUCUGUCUUUCUGGUCGCUUCUGGCAUUUUUCCCCCUGUGUUUCUUGCGGAUAGCAGAGCAAUUAAUUGAUGAAACAUUUUAUCCCUGGUCGUACGUCGAUGUGUAGUCGUAAAGCAAAGAAAAAAACGGUCAGUCAGUCUGUGUCAUGUGCUAAGUUGAAGUCGAAAUUGAAUCUUGUAAGAUCUAAGUCUAGCAGAAAAGAAAAACCGUACCGGCAGUGUUUGCAUCUGUAAUAUUCUACUGAUUGAAGAGAAGAUAUUUUUUAAACUGUAGAAA